ACUAUGAGAGCAGUACACUAUGUCUGCAGUACACUAUGACUGCAUGACAUCAUGAAAUUCUAAAUUCUUGAUGACGUCUACCGGUCAGUGGUGAGGCUACAUCAGUCUUUCAGUCUCCACGACAAAGAACAAACCUCCUUCACAUCAACACAGACUUCUCCAGAAAAUCUGAAAGACUCGUGCAGUCCAGCCAGGAGACGCCAAAUUGUAGUGGACAUUUUACAACACUCGCAGACUCGUCCUCUGAAGGGAACAAUCAUGGGAUUUAAAGGAGCCAUGAAAACGUUUUCAAAGAAACUAGGAUUUAAAAGCAGUGGCUCAAAGGCUGUAGAAGCUGAACUUGAGAAAUUAAAGAAGGAAAAUGCCCAGCUGAGGAUGACCUUGGAGGACAUGUCGAAACAAAAUGGAAGGCUUUAUCCUGCAUGUCCUGAGUCAGAUGAAGCCAAGCUGCUGGAGGUUCCUUCAGGUGAGAUCGCCAUUCUCAAGGAGCAACUGCGAGAUGCUCAGGAAAAAAAUCAGAAAUGGAAAGUUUAUGACCAUGAGAGAGAGUCCUGUAUGCAGUGGAAUCUGGCCAGACGUAUAGAGCUCGAGCAGCAGUUAAACCAAGCCCAGCGAACACUAGAACAACAGCACGAAGAGACCAAAUCAGAAGGUCAGUCACCUGCCUCCAUGCAGCAGGAGAAGCAGCUGCAGGAGAGCCAGAGGGAGAUGGAGGAGGAACGCAAAAGGGCGAGCCGCCUACAGGUCGAGUUGGUGGAGCUGAAAGCCAAGUAUGAAGAGAAGAGCCGUGAGGUGGUGCGAGUCCAGGAGGAACUGCAAGUGGAGCGUAGAAGUUGGCGACAAACUUUAGCUUUACGGCAUGAAGAUCAGAAAAGAAUGGCUGUUUUAGAGCAACAGAUCCAAUUGUCUGCUAGAGACUUUGAGAACGAGAAACAGGACCGACAAAGUCUACAGCACCUGCUCCACAAAGUGCUGAAGGAGCUUCGCAAGGCUAGAGACCAAAUCACACGCUUGGAGUCGGCAGACAUCCACGUUCACCAAAGUAUCACUUUUAAAAAAAAGAAACUGCAGCGAGAAACUCGGUUCUCUGAGCCAAGCUCAUGCACCAGGCUAGAUCUGGAUAAGACGACCAAUCAGGACCGUAUCCUGAACCCCACAUCUCCAUUAAAGAGCUCCAACACAUUGGAUGAGCGCUUUCUGGACUGUCCCAUCUGCAGGGCCUCAUACCCUGUCAGCCAGCACAGAAAGCUCCUUGUACACAUUGACUACUGCUUUAAUUAAGGGAUUAGGGCUUGAUAUUGCUUAUAUUUUCCAUUUUUCCUCUUUUUUAUGUCUUUUUAUAUUUUUGUAUUCCAAAUAAAAUUUCCACUGAUUUUUCA